ACAAUAGCAACAAAAAAAACGCGUUUGCUUUUAAAUAAUUUUUUAGUGUAAAAAAAAUUCAUUGUGUAUUAGUGAUUGUCAACUGAAGAAACUGCUUUUUUUUUUUUUUUGCUGGAAAAAAUUUCUUUUAAACAUCUACAAAAAAAAUGGACACUACUUCAAUAUCGAUUCCAGCGUCAUCGAUUCAUGAACAACCAAUCGGUACAAUGUUGCUUGUAUUACAAUUAUUCAACAUAAUCAAUAAAAAUGAAACCAAUUCGAAUGUCAUCGAUAAUAAUAAUAAAUAUUAUCAUCGAAAUGUUCCAACAACAAUAUUGACCAAUAAUUAUAAUAAUGAUGAUUCAUGGUUUAAUCUUUUCAAUGAUCAAGAAUUAAUGAAAUAUCAUCCAUUAUUAGCACUUAUUUAUCAUCAAAAUGAAAUGUAUCCAAAUCGUAAUCGAACAAAACAAUCAUCAUCAUUGUAUACAACAACAACAACAACAACAGCAGCGACAACUACAACGACGACAACAGUGCCAGUAAAAAUAGCAAUGAAACCUAAUGAACAUUAUUGGAAUCAAAACAUUAAUCAUAAUCUAUGUUGUACAUCAAAUUGUGGUAAAAAUGAUUAUUAUUCAUUUGCUCGUCGCCAUGAUCCAAGACCACCUUCACCAUCAUCAUCAUCAUCAUUGUUGUCAUUAUCAUCAUCAUUUGCUAAUUAUUAUGAUCAUAUAAAAACAUCGAAUGAUCCAUUUUUUCGUCGUAAUCAAUUAAGAAUUGUCGGUGGACAUGGUGUUGAUAUUAGCCAGAUACCAUGGCAAGUGUCAUUUCAACGAUCACGUGGACCAUAUACAUCGAAUUAUAAACAUUUUUGUGGUGGUGCCAUCAUUCAUCCAGAAUGGGUGAUAACAGCAGCUCAUUGUUUUGGAUGGCUUAGAGGAAAUCCUGUGAAAUCUAAUCAGUUGAAUGAAGUGAGAAUGAGUUCCGGUGCCAAUACUGCUUUACCGAAUGGAUAUUCAAAUUUUGUAUAUAUCAAUAGUCAUCAGAAUAAUAAUAAUGAUGAUGAUGAUCAUAAUCGAAUCAUAUCGAAUAUUGAAAAAGUUAUUAAAUAUCCAUUAUAUAGAAAAAAUUCAUCCAAAUAUGAUUUGGCUUUAGUUAAACUUUCCAAACGAUUACCAUUGUUACCGAAUUCUAUACAAAAUGCAAUUUGUUUGCCAACAUCAUCGCAACUAGAACGACAAUUUCAUCAUUAUCGUGAUCAUUUUACUGUUUCUGGUUAUGGUCGAACAAUGGAAAAUGGAAAAUCAGCACCAUCGUUGCAGGCGGUUAAUGUAACAUCCAGAUCCGAUUUUGAAUGUAAAAAUGUUUAUGAAGAUUUAUUUACACCGGAAAAUAUGAUCUGUGCCGGUGAUGAAGGUGAAGAUUCAUGUCAAGGUGAUUCCGGUGGGCCAUUAUUUCGUUUUGAUCCAUUGGUUAAUCGUAAUAUUCUAUAUGGUAUUGUUUCAUAUGGUGUUGGUUGUGGCCGUCGUCAUUAUCCGGGUAUUUAUUCACGGAUAAGUUAUUAUUCUGAUUGGAUACAAAAAACAAUUAACAAUGAUCAUCAUCGACAACAACAAAAACAAGAUGAAUAUUCAGAACAAAUACAAAAAUUUUUUUAUUCCAAUUAUCAUCAUAAUAAUGAUGAUGAUGAUCUUUAUAGUGGUGAUAGUUUUUAUGGUUAUUAAACAUUGUGUUUGUCUUUCUGUUUUUUUUCUCUGCA